GCUUUGCCUCUGCAAAGAGGGUCUCCUGUGGGUGCGAGGGUCUGGCCGGGAUGUGGACGAGCGGGUGCUUCCUGGCAGUCUGGGCCCUCCUGGGGGCGGCCACAGCUCAGCGUGGGCCUGGCGGUAGGAACCGAGGCAGCGACCGGGGCGGCCGCCAGCCCCUGGGCUACAGGUCCUGGAACAGCCAGCUCUACCCCCACGGGCCGAGGGGGGACACCCAGCAGCGGGACUGCUGGAGAGGCGGUGACGUGACCUUUGAGGUCACCAACGAUGCCCCCACCAUGACGGGCGCCAAGCCAACAUUUGCCAUCGCCCUGCGCUUCCCCAGCAACCAGACGGUGCUACCCGAUGGCCGUGUCGUGUGGAGCCGCAACUGCACUGUCAAUGGGACCUGGGUGCGCCAGGGUGACGCCGUGUUCCCGGAGAUGCUGCCUGAGGGCACGGCUGGCACCUUCCCCGACGGGCAGCCCUUUCCCCGCAGCGCCUGGGGCGGCCGCAGCAAGUUCGUCUAUGUCUGGUGGACCUGGGUGGACGUGGCACGGGUGGAGACGGUGGCCGUGGCGGGUGCAGAGCCGGGGGUGGCCGAGCGCUUCGUGAGGAACCGGGCCGUGUCCUUCACGGUCCGGCUGCAUGACCCCAGUGGGUACCUGACGGGCGCCGAUGUCGCCUGCUCCUGGGACUUCGGGGAUGGCAGUGGUACCCUCAUCUCCCGUGCUGCCCAGGUCACCCAUACCUACCUGGCCACCGGCUCCUUCACUCCCCGUGUCGUGCUGCAGGCCGCCAUCCCCCUGGGCCGCGGGGGCACCUCCCCGGCCCCAGCCACAGCCACGGGCCCCCCGGUGCAGCCCACCAGGGCCACAGCAGCAGCCACAAUAGCAACCGGUGGGAGCCCCGGGCAGGCCACGGUGCAGCCACCAAGCAGCGCACCCACGGCUGAGGCCACAGGGUCCCCAGCAUCCGGGGCCACAGGGUCCCCGGCCACCCCAUCCCCAGCAUCUGACAACCCGGCCACGGCGUCCCCAGCAUCUGAUGACCCGGCCACGGCAGCCCCAGCAUCUGGCGACCCGGCCACAGCGGCCCCAGCAUCUGGUGACCCAGCCACGGUGGCCCCAGCAUCCGAGGAGCUGGCCACAGAGCCACUGGCCACGGCAGGGCUGGCUGACCCUGAUGCCGGGACCACGCUCCCUGCAGCUGCCACGGCUUCAGGGGUACCCAGCAUGGCUGCCGCCCCCGGGCCGGACCUGGCCGUGGCAUCCGUGGACCCCCUGCUCCCAGCUUCCACCUCCCCUGCUGCAGACCUGCCUCCCACCACAGGCUCUGCUGGGCCCAGCCUCCCUGCCAGCGUGGCCAGCACCAGCUCCGGGACAGCAGAGGUGACCGCCAGCACUGCAGUCCCCAGUGCCGCUCCUGCCCUGGUGCUAGCCAAGAGGCAGGCACCGCCCAAUGGCUGCGUCCUCUACCGCUACGGCACCUUCUCCACCCAGCUCGACAUUGUCCAGGGCAUUGAGAGCGUGGAGAUUGUCCAGGUGGUGCCGGCGGCCGGCGAGAGUGCAGUGGAGCUCACUGUGACAUGCCAGGGCAGCCUGCCCGAUGAGGUGUGUACAGUGGUGAUGGACGCGGCAUGCCUGGCGCCACAGCAGACCGUGUGCAGCCCGGUGCCAGCUGCCCCCGCCUGCCAGCUGGUGCUGCACCAGGCCUUCAACCAGUCCGGCCAGUACUGUCUCAACGUCUCGCUCGCCAACCCCAGCGGCCUGGCCAUGGCCAGCACCCGCGUCACCGUCGGAGGUGCAGACGCUGCCGGGACCCGGGUCACACUGCUCGUGGGGCUGGUGCUGGUGGCCGUGGCCCUGGGCGUUGUGGGCCUCGCCUACAGACGCAACGUGCGGUUCGACCCUGGUGCCCAGCUGCGCCUGCCUGACCGUGCUGCCCUGCGCCUGCUGCUGCGCCGGGCCCUGGGCACUGGUCCCCACAGUGAGAGCAGUCCUCUGCUCAGCGGCAAUGUUGUCUAGAGCCAGCGGCAGCCCCGGGACCUGCUGCCAGGUGGGGGGGGACGGGACCCCCCCCCAGGAUGCCUGGCACCAGGUCUCCCAUUGCCACUCUUCCUCUGUGUCCCCCCCAACACCCCCUUGGUCCCAGCUAUUAAAUGCUCAGACUCCA